AUGUGGCUUUUAACUACUCUGCUCCUUUGGGUUCCAGGUGGAGGACAAAUGGACCCCAGAAAGGCAGUGAUCACCUUAUCCCCUCCGUGGCUUAAUGUGUUCCAAGAUGAAAAUGUAACUUUGUGGUGUGAGGGGCUGAGUCUGCCUGGAGACAACUCUACCCAGUGGUUUCACAACGGCUCAGCCAUUCAGACCCUGACACCCACAUACAGCUUCACUGUUGCCAGCAUCAAUGACAGUGGCGAAUACAAGUGCCAGACAGGUCUCUCAGUGCCAAGUGACCCUGUACAGCUGGAAAUCCACAGAGACUGGCUGCUACUCCAGGUCUCUAGCCGAGUCCUCACUGAAGGAGAACCUCUGGCCUUGAGAUGUCAUGGCUGGAAGAAUAAGAUGGUAUACAAUGUGAUUUUCUAUCAAAAUGACAAAGCCUUUAAGUUUUUUCCUCACAACUCUCAACUCACCAUUCUGAAAACCGACCUGAGUCACAACGGCACCUAUCACUGCUCAGCCAUGGGAAAGGAGAAAUACACGUCAGCAGGAGUAUCUAUCGCUGUGAAAGAGCUAUUUCCAGCUCCAGUGCUGAGAGCAUCCUUGUCAUUCCCCCUCCUAGAGGGGAAGCCAGUAAACCUGAGCUGUGAAACAAAGUUGCUCCCACAGAGGCCUGGUUUGCAGCUUUAUUUCUCCUUCUACGUGGGCAGCAAGACCCUGAAAAGCAGGAUCACAUCCUCUGAAUAUCACAUACUAACUGCUAACAGAGAAGAUUCUGGGUCGUACUCAUGUGAAGCAGCCACAGAAGAUGGAAAUGUCAUUAAGCGCAGCCCUGAGUUGGAGCUUCAAGUGCUUGGUCUCCAGUCACCAAUUCUCGUCUGGUAUCAGGUCUUUUUCUAUCUGGCAAUGGGAAUAACAUUUUUGGUGGAUACUGUUCUCUGUGUGACAAUACAAAAGGAAUUCCGAAGGAAGAAAAAAUGGAAUUUAGAAAUCUCUUUGGCUUCUGGCUAUAGGGAAGAGGGAACUUCUUACCUUCAAAGAGACAGAUCUCCAGAGGAAGACGUGGAGUGUCAGAAAGAAAAAGAACAAUCGCUGCAAGAAAGGCCAAGACCAAAAGCCCGAGGAGAGAGAGCAGCAAUAGCAGGAGCUCAGUGGGUGCCACAGAUCCAGACAGUCCCCUAA